CGUGCAUCCCUGGUUGAGUACCCUGGAGAACUGCAUGAAGCAUCCUUGAUCAAGGAUUGUGGGCAGAGGAGGAUAGCUUGUUUGUCCCGAACCUGCCUUCUUUGAGUCUGUGAUCUCCAAAAUAGUUCCUUUGCCCUAUUGGCCACUCUUUGGCGCUUUGGUACCCACGGGAAAGGGCCCCUUGAGUAGGAGCAGUGCUGGGUAGCGGGCCAGGAAGUCCCCUCCUGCGUCCUGUCCCUCUGCUUCCUUUUUCAAAUACUUCUGUGGUUUCCUGACGUGAAGGUAAGGUCCACUGCUCACACACUGGUACUUGGUGUUUGGUUCUGGCUGCUUUGAAGGGAAGAUAGAGGCUUCGAAUCACAGCUGGGUAACCAGUUUGCUACAGGUUGUUGGGAGCCCUACAUGUAAGUUUGCUGAGCCUUCUAGGGGAAUGGAUGCUUUGUAUUUCGAUUUCUAGAGUGUCUUUUGAGAGUCUUUUAUGUUUUAGGGAUAUUCAUUCCUAGGAAGUUUGAUAAACAACUUUCAGGCCUCUACCACGCUGCCUCUGAAGGUCCUCUAUCCUUGAUUCCUUGCUUUCCAGAAUUGAAUAUCGGAGGGAACCAGGGCAGGAGUUUGCUCAGUUAGUAGGCAGUCCUAGUUUAGGGACACAUUAUUCUCACAACAGCAGGUGAGGAUAUUGCAGUGAUCCCUCAUGGCAAAGAGUUGGGAGGAAUUCAAGAGGGGGUGGUGGAACAUAAAUUUUAAGGCGCUUUCUGCUGGGCAGACUGAUUGCAUCUAUGACUGUAAUUCUGAUUGUGUUUUUGUGUGUAUCUCCCUUGACUCUGUUAGUGUUUUUGUAUUUUGCUUCUUGGAGUCUCUAGGGACCACAUGCCCUAGUUAGUGGGAGUCAAAACAGAAAAAGGUGGAGAGGCAAAUCUUCCCUGUGUGUGUGUGUGUGUGUGUGUGUGUGUGUGUAUACGCAUGCAUGCUUAUACACACUUUCAUAACCCACUCUAAUCACUAUGAAGAUUGUGAUCUAACUAUUGACUGGUUCCUUUAGGAGCUUUUGAUCAUAGCAGGACAAAGACAAGAAGAUGGAAGAAACACCAGUCUCCAGCAGACAGCUUGAGGGCCUGCCCUCUGGACUGAUUUUAAGGGCUUUUAUGUGCAAACUGACAAAGGCUGUGAGAAAUUCCAAGCUAGGCUUCUAUCUUUAUGGUGCAGUGGUUUGUGAAAAACCUCUUUGGGUAGCCUUUAUCUCUCCUGUACUGGUUAACUUUUCUUAAUACAGAAAAGUGUGGCAGACAUACCUUACGAGACUUGGGGCGAGACCUGGAGCUCAGCCUGUUGCAUGAGAGGGAUCAUUUGAGGCAGAAAUGGCCAUAGGGGCCUAUGCCAUUGGAAAGUUGGGGUUGCCGUAUAUGUUGUAUUAACAGUAGUUGUGAAGUAGUCCAGAGGCCAGUGGCUCACUGAGCCAUCCUGCUGGAACAGAAAGUUAUUUCUGAUGUUGGCUUAUGUGCAACACUGACCUUGGAAACUCACUACUUACCCCUCCUCAGCUGCCUUCCUCACCAUGGCCUUGUCUUGGGUCUGUUUGGCUUGCGAUAGUGACUGAACCUUGGAAGUAGCUACUCACCUCUCGUCAGGGACAAGAGAGCUGCUGACAGACUAACUCUGUUUAGGCUGAGGUUGCAGGCCCAAAAAUUGCGGCUGGCAUACACAAGGAGCUCUCAUUAUGGUGGUUCUCUGCCCAAUGUUAACCAAAUUGGCUGUGGCCUGGCUGAGUUCCAGAGCCCCCUCCACUCACCUUUGGAUUCAUCACGGAGCACUCGGCAUCAUGGGCUGGUGGAACGGGUACAGAGAGACCCCCGCAGGAUGGUGUCCCCACUCCGCCGAUACCCACGCCACAUUGACAGUUCUCCCUACAGCCCUGCCUACUUGUCUCCUCCUCCGGAGUCCAGUUGGCGAAGGACGAUGCCCUGGGGCAAUUUCCCUGCAGAGAAGGGACAGCUGUUUCGAUUGCCUUCUGCACUUAAUAGGACGAGCUCUGACUCUGCCCUUCACACAAGUGUGAUGAACCCCAGCUCCCAGGACAGCUAUCCAGGCCCCACCACUCCCAGUGUCCUGCCCAGCCGCCGUGGGGGUUUUCUGGAUGGUGAAAUGGACUCCAAAGGCUCCCCGUCACCAGUCUUUCCAUUUCAAGUCCCUGCCGUGGAGGAGAACCUAUUAGAUGACAAGUAUCUGCUGAAACCGUGGGAUGCCAAGAAGCUGUCCUCAUCCUCCUCCCGACCUCGGUCCUGUGAAGUCCCUGGAAUUAACAUCUUCCCAUCUCCUGACCAGCCUGCCAAUGUGCCUGUCCUCCCGCCUGCCAUGGGCACGGGGGGCUCCCUGCCUGACCUCACCAACCUGCACUUCCCCCCACCUCUGCCCACCCCUCUGGACCCAGAGGAGACAGCGUACCCCAGCCUCAGUGGGGGCAGCAGCACCUCCAACCUGACCCACACCAUGACCCACUUGGGCAUUAGUGGAGGGCUGAGCCUGAGCCCUGGCUACAAUGUGCCAGGACUUCAUUCACCUCUCAACCACCCCUCCCUACAGUCUUCCCUGAGUAAUCCCAACCUCCAGGCUUCCCUGAGCAGUCCCCAGCCCCAGCUCCAGGGCUCUCACAGUCACCCCUCCUUGCCUGCCUCCUCCCUAGCCCGCCACCCAUUGCCUGCCACCUCCCUGGGACACCCAUCACUCAGUGCCCCGGCCCUCUCUUCUUCCAUUUCCUCUUCUACUUCCUCUCCCGUCCUGGGCGCGCCACCUUACCCAGCUUCCACCCCUGGGGCCUCCCCUCGCCACCGCCGUGUGCCCCUCAGCCCCCUGAGUUUGCCCGCGGGCCCUGUGGAUGCCAGAAGGUCCCAACAGCAGCUGCCCAAACAGUUUUCGCCAACAAUGUCACCCACCUUGUCUUCCAUCACUCAGGGCGUCCCCCUGGACACUAGUAAACUGCCUACUGACCAGCGGCUGCCCCCAUAUCCAUAUAGUCCCCCAAGUUUGGUUCUCCCUACGCAGCCCCCAACCCCAAAGGCUUCACAGCAGCCAGGGCUGCCCUCUCAGGCCUGCUUGGUGCAGCCCUCAGGUGGGCAGCCCCCAGGCAGGCAGCCUCAUUACGGGACUCCAUAUCCCACUGGGUCCAGUGGACAUGUGCAACAGGCUUACCAUCGGCCAGGGAACAACUUCAACCUGGGGAAUCCGGAGACAUUCAGCCUGGAGACUCCAUCGACCAGCCUGGUGCUGGAUCCCUCUGGCUUUUCUGAGGGUCCUGGAUUUUUAGGGGCUGAGGGGUCAGCAGGUGGCCCUCAGGACCCUCACACUCUCAACCACCAGAACUUGACCCAUUGUUCCCGCCAUGGCUCAGGACCUAAUAUCAUCCUCACAGAAGACUCCUCUCCAGGGUUCUCGAAGGAAAUUGCAGCAGCUCUGGCUGGAGUUCCUGGCUUUGAGGUGUCGGCAGCUGGGCUGGAACUCGGGCUGGGGCUGGAAGAUGAGCUGCAUAUGGAGCCACUGGGACUGGAAGGACUAAACAUGCUGAGUGACCCCUGCGCCCUGCUGCCAGAUCCUGCUGUGGAGGAUUCCUUCCGCAGUGAUCGGCUACAGUGAGGAGCCUCACCACCAUCCUUGACCCCGCCCCGUCACUGUCCCUUUCCUCCCUUCCCCUGGCCAGUAGAGACUCCACUCUCUGUCCCCAGAUUCUCUUUCUGAAAUGAAUGAAGGACUCUUAAGAAUGAGAAAUGGCAAGGGGUUUGUCUAGGCAGCUCCUGGAUUCUAUGUGGUGGAUGGGCCUCGGGGAGCUCAAGGGAGGGCCUAAAGCACUUGUAACUUUGAAAACCGUCUAUCUGGAGGUCAGAGCCUGUUGGAAAGCAAGGGGUAGAGGAACCCUAGAGGCAGGGUUUGUCCAGAUGCCUAGGAGUGGGCAGUGCCAGCCCCUCCUCACCACUCUUCCCCUUGCAAUGGAGGAGAGAGCCAGAGUGGAUAUUAUUUUUUAUUAAAUAUAUUAUAUGUUAAUAAAAAAAUCCUGUUAAA